CGAGCGGAGGGAAAGAUGGAGGUGCGGGUCGGGGAGACGCUGCUGUGUCUGACGGUGCUGUCCGGCGUCUUCUUCGCGGACCCCGUCCUCGGGAAAUACGUCAAGGGCCUCGUGAACACCAAAGAGGACUGGCUGUUCCUCACCCGCUUCUGCUAUCUCACGGAUUUUGGACGUCUGGACUUCCGGUUCCGCUACCCGAAGUCUCACUGCUGUCAGAACAUACUGCUGUACUUUGACGACAGCUCCCAGUGGCCGGCGGUGUACAAGAGGCACGAGAAGAACUGCUACCAGAAGGAAGCGGUGCUGAGGCCCGAAAACAGACAGGUCAUCAACCUCACGACGCGCUACACCUGGUCAGGCUGUGUGGUGGAGGACGACGGGGACGAGGAGGUUCUGAGCUGCGUGGGCGCCCGCAGUUCCCGCUCGAGGAGGGAGAGAUGGUGGUACAUCGCACUCAGCAAGUGUGGGGGCGAAGGCUUGCAGCUGGAGUACGAGAUGAAGCUGACCAACGGGCAGUCGUUCUGGACGCAGCAUUUCUCUGCGGAUGAGUUCGGGAUCUUGGAGACGGACAUCACCUUCCUGGUCAUCUUCUCCCUGGUGUUCCUCCUCUCCUGCUACUUUGCCUACAAUCUGAAGGGACGGCAGCUUCUUCACACAACCUACAAAAUGUUCAUGACGGCGGCCGGUGUGGAGGUGCUCAGCCUGUUGUUCCACUGCGUCUACUGGGGCCUCUACGCCAGAGACGGAGUCGGCAACGGCAGCCUGAAAAUACUCGGGAAACUGCUGUUCUCGGUCAGUUUCUUGGUCUUCCUCCUGAUGCUCAUAUUGUUGGGAAAAGGUUUCACUGUCACCAGGGCAAGGAUCAGUCACAGUGGGUCGGUUAAGUUGAGCAUCUACAUGACCGUCUACACAAUCACCUACGUCAUCCUCUUCAUCUACGAGGCAGAGUUCUUCGACCCGGGCGACGUGCUGUACGCCUACGACAGCCCCGCCGGCUACGGGCUGAUGGGCCUGCAGCUGCUGGCCUACGUGUGGUUCAGCUACGCCGUGCUGGUCUCUCUGAAGCACUACCCGGAGAAGCAGCCCUUCUACGUCCCCUUCUUCACCACCUACACGCUGUGGUUUUUCGCCGUGCCCGUCAUGGCUUUGAUCGCCAACUUCGGGAUUCCUCGUUGGGCGCGGGAGAAGAUCGUAAACGGGAUUCAGCUCGGCAUCCACUUCUACGCUCACAUGGUGUUCCUCGUCAUCACACGGCCCUCGGCAGCCAAUAAGAACUUCCCGUACCACGUCCGCACGUCACAGAUCGGGAUCCUGCUGUCCAGCCCCAAAGCGGGCGAGGGGGGCGAGAGCUUCCCCCACCACGCCUACGGGAACGGCUCCUUCCUGGGAGACUCUCAACCCAACUUCACAGAGCUCUUCUCCAUCCACCCGGACCCGGUGAAGACGGUGGAGGAGACGGUGGCCCGCAAAGCCCCCGAGGUGGCGAGGAACAGCGAGCAGAAGAUCAUCACCACUGCUGCCGACCUGACGGCCAUUUCGCCGCCGCCGCCGAUCCCCCCGCGCCCGGCCACGCGCUCGCCCCCCCCGCCGCCCCAGCUGCCCUCCUUCACAGAGUACUUCAGCAUGCAGGGCGGAGGAGGGGGCAUCGGAACGAAGGCGUGAGGCGGAGCGACGACCCAACUGGAGGAAAUGUCGGCGCCGGUGGAUCGGCUCGGAGAGCAGAGCCGCUCACACGGCAAAGAAGCAAUAAAUGUUUGAUGUUGACCAGGAGGACGGCGCCGCGGCGGCAGGACGGUCGCUGCGGAAACGGAACAAAAUUCUUGAAAUACUCGUCAAAUAUUCACGAGGCGCCGAGGGUCCGCGGGAGUUUGUAAAUAGCUGAACCGCACAGAACUAAAUAUAGUUUCAUUUCACGAAAAGGACAUUUGUUUUAAAGAGAAUCUGAGGCCGUUAGAUUCAAGUCGCGUUAAACUUCAGAAAAACUACAUCUUUUUUUCCAUGUUGGGUCUCAUUUUGAUAAAGUAAAGAUAUUACCCGGAGUCCGUCGGGUUCAUUUGGUUGCAGCUGGCUCCUCUGUACUGUGGGCACUUCUGAAACACGCAUGUUUGUGUUGUAUUUCUUGUCAAAAAGCUGAAACAUGUACCUCCACGUGACCAUGCGAUAUCAGCGUAUUCUAUUCUACACUUUUCUAAAUGCACAGUCGGCUUUUGUAUUCUUUCGACUGGAUGAAUCCAGCUAAUUGUCGAGUAUUCCCGUCGGUGUGAGCUGAAUGUCUUUAAUGUGAAUGUACGAACGCAAUACAGCACAACAACGGGGACAGAAAGUACAACUUUUGUUACGUUUUCCUAUAAGAGUAGGGGGCUUUCUUAACUCCACUCCCCCCCCGUCUGGUACCUGAAACAUCCGUUGGCUUUAUCUCACUUUGACGUUUAAACCGUGUGAACAAAUAGGUUUUUUUUUAGCAGCUAAUACAUUAAAAAAAACACGUCUUGUAGAAGAACCGUGGAAUCUGCAACUGUACAUUUAGUCCGUCCUGCAUGGAGCACUUUAAUGUUCCUGUUUAUUGGUGAUGUCAUCCUGUAGGACUGUAUUCACACGCCUGUACGCGCGGUCUGAACGACGCGAACGCUCCGUUUGACCUCCAGCGCCAAAAAAACGGCCGCCAACCGUCCCCGCGGCUCCUCGCCCACGGACGGUGGCGCUCGGCUGUGAUGGAGCGCUGCGGCUUCUGAGCACCAGUCGUUGUUUGUGAUUGUGUCCCGUUCGUGUUUUGAGAUGUCUGCUUUAAUCUCGUGUAUAUUGACGUACAAUUAUGGACCCGGAGGGACGGACGUGGCGAGAGGAGAUUAUCGUGUGUGUGCGCAUGACACUGAAACAGCACAGCUUCUAGGAGAGCACAUCACCGUUGAAAUGCAUCUUAAUGGUGUCAAAUGAACAUUCUAAAUACGCUGUGUAUACAUCUGCACCUUUUUUGCCAAAAUAAUAAAACUGUUUUUAUUAGAGGGCUCGUC